CCCACAGCCAUCAUUCUCCCUCAGUUCGAAGAGGACUGUCUCAAAACAGUAAAAAAAGCGUCCAAUGGGCGCUUCAGCCAUCCGUACCCUUUGUGGCUACCUGUGGGGGCCAUAGCGCCUGGUCGACGAUCAGCGCGGAGGGAAGUAUAAUAGACCCUAGUGAGUACGUCGACAUGCGCGUGGAUGUAGACGCAAAGACCGCUACCUUGGUUGGUGGGGUUCUAUCAAAGCAGGUGGGAAUAUGUCUGGCCGAAGCCGGGCUGUUCACAGGUAUACACAUUCCUUCAUUGACCUCACUCUCAGCCCCUGCUCACAGCUUCAUAUACCCCUCGGAAAUGGUAAUACAGUUGGCGCGAUACCCUACUUUCUUGGGCGGGGCUUCCAUCACCUGAUCUAUUACGGGAUUCGGAUUCGACCAAAAUUUCAGAGACGGUAUCGCGGGGAGGUACAGCUGGAGAAACUAUGCAAUUUGAAAAGAGAGGGGGUUGCACAAGGAGGGUUUACCAGACAGAGUCACUAGAU